AUGUCAACUACCUUUCCGGGACUAGUCCACGAUGCCGAGAUACGUCACGACGGAUCAAACAGCUACCGUUUGAUGCAGCUCGGGUGUCUGGAGUCCGUAGCCAAUUCCACUGUCGCCUAUUCCUCCUCCUCUCCUCUAACUUACUCCACCACUGGCACUGAGUUCGCUUCCCCGUACUUCUCCACUAACCACCAGUACACCCCGCUCCACCACCAGUCCUUUCACUACGAGUUCCAGCACAGUCACCCGGCUGUGAACCCCGACGCCUACUCUCUGAAUUCGCUCCACCACUCGCAACAGUACUAUCAGCAGAUCCACCACGGGGAGCCCACCGAUUUUAUUAAUCUGCACAAUGCUCGGGCGCUCAAGUCCUCUUGCUUGGACGAGCAGAGGAGAGAGCUGGGCUGCCUCGAUGCUUACCGCCGCCACGACCUGUCUCUUAUGAGCCAUGGAUCCCAGUAUGGGAUGCAUCCAGAUCAAAGACUCCUGCCAGGACCCAGCCUGGGGCUGGCCGCCUCGGGAGCAGACGAUUUGCAGGGAUCAGUGGAUGCCCAGUGUGGGCUCGUUCUCAAUGGCCAAGGUGGGGUGAUAAGAAGAGGUGGCACUUGUGUGGUUAACCCCACAGAUUUAUUUUGCUCUGUCCCUGGCCGCUUGUCACUGCUGAGUUCCACUUCCAAAUACAAAGUGACCAUAGCAGAGGUCAAGAGGCGCCUCUCACCUCCUGAAUGCCUCAAUGCUUCCCUCCUGGGAGGUAUUUUGAGAAGAGCAAAAUCCAAGAAUGGGGGACGAUGCUUGAGAGAAAAACUGGACAGGUUGGGCUUGAAUCUGCCAGCAGGGAGAAGGAAAGCAGCCAAUGUCACCCUCCUAACUUCCUUAGUAGAAGGAGAAGCUUUACAUUUGGCUCGGGAUUUUGGCUACACUUGUGAAACAGAGUUUCCAGCCAAGGCAGUAGGAGAACAUCUUGCCAGACAGCAUAUGGAACAGAAAGAACAGACAGCAAGGAAAAAGAUGAUUCUAGCUACAAAACAAAUUUGUAAAGAAUUCCAGGACCUCUUGAGCCAAGAUAGAUCACCACUUGGAUCAUCCAGACCUACUCCAAUAUUAGACCUCGAUAUCCAGAGACAUUUAACACACUUCAGCUUGAUCACUCAUGGCUUUGGGACUCCAGCAAUAUGUGCAGCCCUAAGCACUUUCCAAACUGUCCUUAGUGAAAUGCUGAACUACUUGGAAAAACACACGGCACACAAAAAUGGUGGAGCAGCGGAUUCUGGCCAAGGACAUGCCAACUCGGAGAAAGCCCCCCUGCGGAAAACUUCAGAGGCUGCCGUGAAAGAGGGCAAAACAGAAAAGACAGACUAGCUACAUCAAACAGAAUCUAUUUCCAGAGAGUCUUGCUGCUGAUAUUUUUUUCUAAUAUAUAUAUCAUUGAGGGUGACUAAUCUUCAGUGGACCAAAUCUCUUCCCUCCCUUA